GCUUCCUGUUGACAAGGAAAGAGGAGAGCGAGAGCGGGUGAGGUAACCUCUGAAUGAAACUUCUGAAGAACACAGGGGAGAAGCCAUAUAAAUGCGUGGAAUGUGGAAAUAGCCUCCAUCAGAGUGGAGAUCUGCGUACCCAUCAAACGACCCACACAGGGGAGAAGCCACAUAAAUGCAUGGAAUGUGGAAAGAGCUUCAAAAACGCAGUACAUCUGCGUACUCAUCAAAGGACCCACACAGGGGAGAAGCCGUACAAAUGUGUGGAAUGUGGAAAGAGCUUCAGUCAGAGUGGAGAACUGCGUUCCCAUCAAAGGACCCACACAGGGGAGAGGCCAUAUAAAUGCAUGGAAUGUGCAAAGGCCUUCAGUCAGAGUUCACAUCUGCAUACCCAUCAAAGGACCCACACAGGGGAGAAACCACAUAAAUGCAUGGAAUGUGCAAAGAGCUUCAGUCAGAGUGGAGAUCUGCGUAUCCAUCAAAGGACCCACACAGGGGAGAAACCACAUAAAUGCAUGGAAUGUGCAAAGAGCUUCAGUCGGAGUUCAUAUCUGCGUUCCCAUCAAAGGAUCCACACAGGGGAGAAACCACAUAAAUGCAUGGAAUGUGCAAAGAGCUUCAGUUGGAGUUCACAUCUGCGUAUCCAUCAAAGGACCCACACAGGAGAGAAGCCAUACAAAUGCAUGGAAUGUGGAAAAAGCUUCAGUCAGAGUUCAAAUCUGCGUAUCCAUCAAAAGAUCCACACAGGGGAGAGGCCAUAUAAAUGCAUGGAAUGUGGAAAUAGCUUCAGUCAGAGUGCAAAUCUGCGUACCCAUCAAAGGAUCCACACAGGGGAGAAGCCACAUAAAUGCAUGGAAUGUGGAAAGACCUUCAGUCAGAGUGGAAAACUGCGUUCCCAUCAAAGGACCCACACAGGGGAGAAGCCGUACAAAUGCGUGGAAUGUGGAAAUAGCUUCAGUGAGAGUGGAGCUCUGCGUACCCAUCAAAGGACCCACACAGGGGAGAAGCCACAUAAAUGCAUGGAAUGUGGAAAUAGCUUCAGUCAGAGUGGAGCUCUGUGUACCCAUCAAAGGACCCACACAGGGGAGAAGCCACAUAAAUGCAUGGAAUGUGGAAAAAGCUUCAGUCACAGUUCAAAUCUGCGUUCCCAUCAAAGGAUCCACACAGAGGAGAAACCACAUAAAUGCAUGGAAUGUGGAAAGAGCUUCAGUCGGAGUUCAAAUCUGCGUAUCCAUCAAAAGAUCCACACAGAGGAGAAACCACAUAAAUGCAUGGAAUGUGGAAAGAGCUUUAGUGAGAGUGGAGCUCUGCGUAUCCAUCAAAGGGUCCACACAGGGGAGAAGCCACAUAAAUGCAUGGAAUGUGGAAAGAGCUUCAGUCGGAGUGCGAUUCUGCGUAGCCAUCAAAGGAGCCACACAAGGGAAAAUGCAUUAGACAGCAAAGAGCUCACACACAUCUAGAGGAGACCUGCCUGUAUGUUUCGAAGGGUCCCAGGCAGACAAAACAUUGGGGCGAUGGGCAGAAAAAGAAGGCUGCCAACUUGCUCUCUAUCUGUUAUGUGCAGCCGUUUGUGUGGUCUGGCUUGGUUCCUAGCUAUAUUUUUGGAUUAUAUAUUUUGUUUUUUGAUGAUGGUGGCAGUGACACUGGACCUCUUUUGUCCCAAGAAGAACGGAACUUUUAUCUUCUAUUUCAAAAAUCAAGCUGGUCCAUACAUUCUUGUUUCUCCUCCUCUUCCUUCCUUCCUUCCUUCCUUCCUUCCUUCCUUCCUUCCUUCCUUCCUUCCUUCCUUCCUUCCUUCCUUCCUUCCCUCCUUCCUUCUGUUCUGUUUUCUGGGUUAUCUCUUUGUCUAUAUAAGUUAGAGAUCCCUGUUCGUAUACAAUAGGUUAACA